ACGGCUAUAUUCCGAUCUCUUGGGAGAGAAAACAUUUAACUAAACCGUACCCUGGUUAUGUCAAUGUCUCGGGGUGGGCUCUUGAACAGCGCAUUUAUGAUAUUUUGUUUCACAUCAUUAAAGCAGAGAAAUUAGGUACAGAGUCUGGGUUUCUGCAAUUUGGUUUUAUUCUGAAGGGCAUCGUUAAUUUAGGUAACUAUGGAUCCCAAGUUCUGUAGCAUAUUGCUUUGAGGAUCAUUAAUUUUGUUGAAGCUUUUUCGAGGACAACUUUUCAAUCUGAAGAUCUCUUUUCAAAAAUCAUGUCUUCCUGCGAGAGUCUCCCUUUAAAAGUUAUUAAAGAACUUGCUAAAGAAUUGAAGAGUCUUGCAGAUUCCUCCCCUGAAGGCAUUCGGGUUCUCAUGAAUGAUGACAUCUUGUCAGUGAUAUUUGCAGACAUUGAAGGACCAGCUGACACUCCAUAUGAAGGUGGUCUUUUUCGCAUAAAAUUGAUCCUGCCUCAGGAUUUUCCAUGCAGCCCUCCAAAAGGCUAUUUUAUGACAAAGAUCUUUCAUCCUAACAUUGCACAUAAUGGAGAAAUCUGUGUAAACAUUCUGAAGAAAGAUUGGCAACCAGCCCUUGGAUUGCGGCACGUGCUUAUUGUUGUCCGAUGCUUACUUAUAGAACCAUUCCCAGAAUCUGCUUUAAAUGAGCAGGCUGGAAAGAUGCUAAUGGAAAAUUACGAAGAAUAUUCAAGACAUGCAAGGUUUUAUACCAGCAUUCAUGCAAUGAAACAUAAAGCCCGUAAAAAGGAGACACCUGAGUCGCCUGCUACAAAUGAAAGACCUGAAAAUGACGUUAUUGUAUCAUCUAGCCCUCUUACAGCAUGCAACACAAACAAAGAGAAUGCUCCUGAUCCAAAUGUAGGUUCAAUAGAAGAAAUUGGAGUUGGUGAACUUACCCAGAAAACAGAUGCUUCACAAACAAAAGUGUUGGUUGCUAAAAAGAAGAUAGAUCAGAGGAAGAAGUGUCUCAGAAGGUUAUAGCCACAUGAUCAACAUGAUCACUGGAAUCAUCCUCCCUUGUAAAUUGUAAGGAGAGAAUAGGUCAGACGAAGAAUUGUCUCCUAAUUUUUUAGUUUACUGAACAUUUCAAUUUGGGGAUUUCAAAUUGAUAGAAAUGAAUGUUCUGACAUAAUUCCCAAAGGUGUACUGAACAAGAUUACUGGAAGCAUCUUCCCUUGUAAAUUGUAAGGAGAGAAUAGGUCAGAGGAAGAAGUGUCUCCUAAGUUUUAAGUUUACUGAACAUUUCAAAUUGAUAGAAAUGAAUGUUCAGGUGUACCGAGCAAGCCUUAGUUAGUCAAUAGAACUGUGCAAGAGAUGCACAAGCGUGGUUUUAGAUGCUUUUUAGAGCAUAUUUGUACACUUUUGUUUAGGAUCUUUUAAGACAUGAAUAAUGAAUGAAUGAUUUUAAUGACAUCCACGAGACUGAACAGUCUAAAAAUCUAAGAAUAACACCCUUAAUUUAUCUUCAGACUCCUUUCAAUGUCUGACCGUCAGAUUCGUCCUCCCUUGUAUAAAGAGUCAUUUUGGACAUUUAGUUCCGCAACUCACUCUUAUUUAUUUGCCAAUUCCGUCGAAGUCCUGUUGAGAUUAGUUGAAUAUAUUCAAGAAGCCUCAAAUCUAUUGGUUGAAACUUUAAA